AUGUUCUGGAAAUAUGGCGGUUACGCGAAUGUGUCACCCAUCAACUCACUCCUUGAUAAGCCCGACGUCAAGGUGGAGGACAUUCUCGAUGAGUCGGACCUAAUGCAAGAGCUUAAGCAGCAUAAUACACGAUUGAUAGAGUAUUUACGUGAGGACCAUGUUUUGAGGAGGCUGUUCGAUAUCAUCGUCUCUCCAAGUCUACUUAACGAUGACGACCACAAUGAUUAUGAUAAUAAUGAGGAUGGAAAUGACGAGACGACUGAAGACAAGAAGGAGCCAGAAUCUCCCGAAGCACCCGGUGAAGGCCAGAUUCAGCUUUCGGAGUUCCCUAAGAUAUCGCCAAACACGAGUCGUGAGCCCAAAGACCUGGAAGAAGCCGAGAAAAAUAGGUUGAAAUACGCAUACAUCGCUUCGGAGAUGCUAUCAUCACCUUCCUGGUCAGUCAUCGAAGCCAUGGUGGAAAAUAAAGAGGCCCUACGAAGCUUUUGGCAAUAUAUGUUCAGAAAGGGAGACUUGGACUCUGUGCAAACCAGCUACUUUGUGAAAGUCAAUGAAGUCCUAUUGGACCAGAAAACGGAUGCCAUGCUUUCUUUCAUAAUGGGCAUAGACAACAUCAUCCCGAUGUUACUGCAGCAUGUCGACAACCCGUUGGUUAUGGACCUCGUCUUGAAGAUAAUUACUCUGGACAAAAUGGAUGGACAGAAUGUAACAGAGUGGCUCCAAACCCAGAACCUUAUCCCCACGUUCUUGUCGUACAUCUCAAAUGAACAUCCACCAGCUACUCAGACUGCUGCAGGUGAUUUGCUGAAAGCUAUUGUGACCAUUUCUGCCAAUGCCGCGCAGAAUGAGCAGCCGUGCAUUGGACCUAAUAGCUUAACUCGACAACUGGUAUCAGAACCAUGCAUAAAGACAUUAAUAUCUGCCAUGGUUCAAGGCGGUAAUCCUCUUACAGUUGGAGUCGGCAUCAUCAUCGAUAUCAUCCGGAAAAACAACCCCGAUUAUGACCCAGAGAUGGCGGAAAACCGCAAUGCUACCCCAACCACUCAUGACCCCAUAUACCUAGGUACCAUGUUGAAGGAGUUUGCAAGCCACGUUCCCGAAUUCAUGGAAUUAAUGAAUAAGAAAAGCAGAUCAGAGGAUUCUAAGCUUGAUACUGCCUGGGGAGAAUCUAUUGAGUCACUUGGCUUUGAUAGGUUCAAAACAUGCGAACUUAUGGCCGAAUUACUGCAUUGUAGCAACAUGUGCCUGCAUAAUGAACCUGGUAGUCACGGAGAUAUGCUGGCACGAGACUUGGAGAGGGAGCAUCUACGAGCAUCCGGAUUCUACCGAAAUCAAGAAGAUGAGUCGGGUUUUGUAUACACAGAGAGCACGAAUGGUAUCCAAAGCUCUGCAAUGGACACAUCAUCUCCAGAGCAAUCAAGAAAGGGAGAGCCAUCUAAUGCUAAUGAAGAUGAAGCAUUUGAAGAGAUUACUUCUUCCGGUGUGCUCGUUGAUCGAGUCAAGGACUCCGAGAGCUUGGCCCAAGCUGAUGCCAAACCUACAGCGGAUACAUCUGCGAAUGCUACAAAAUUAGGAUUUGGAGAUGACUUUGUCGACGAACCAUUAACCCCUCCAAAGUUAAACAUCAAAUCUGAUGAUGAAUCUGCCGUUCAAGAGGCUGUCGCCUCUCCCAUGACACCCAAGCUAACGGAAAAGGUAGAAGAUAUUCAUAUCAGCAAAGAGGAGGAAGUGGAAGAGCCAGAAUCCGUCUCCAAACCAUCGGACUCUACCGUAACUGCACCUGCUGCUGGGCAGUCGGACUCUACGGAUAAGAUAGAUACCUCGUCCACGCUACCAACUCCGGAGACCACCCCAACGCUAUCGGAUGAAGAAAACACCCAGUCACUCCCAAAAAUUGAGCCCUCGUUCAAAGAAUCCAAGUAUGAGUCCGAUCCUUAUAUCCAAAGGGAGUCUGACGGUAAGCCAGUUGUUGGAGAUUAUAUGAAGAUUAUGUUCUACGAGCACAAAGUUGUGCCAACGGUAUUGUCUUAUUUCUUCCGCUUCCCUUGGAACAACUUCCUUCAUAAUGUGGUCUAUGACAUUGUGCAGCAGCUACUCAAUGGCUCGAUGGAGCAAGGAUUCAACAGAGCUCUAGUUAUCGAUUUGUUCGAGUCCGCGCAAAUAACCACGCAAAUCAUCGAGGCUCAACGACGUAGUGAAGAAUCCGAAGCUAAGCAUAAGAUGCGCCUUGGUAACAUGGGCCAUCUUACUCUUAUUGCCGAAGAAGUAGUGAAGUUUAGUGAACGCCACCCACGUGAAGUGCUAUCACCGCAGGUUAUGGAGAAACUAACCCACCCCGACUGGAUUGAUUAUGUUGAACAUGCCCUCUCAGAUACCAGAGAACGCGAGAACGCUAUCCUCGGAGGCGUGAAGCCCGACAUCACCAUGAGCCACCGUCAAGCGGUUCUAAACGCUAUCAGCGCCCCAACAUCCGUUCAAGGAACUUCUUCUGCCUUAGCUGAUGCCGGUCUCAACGGAGGUUUCUCUACUGGCUUUUCCUUGAACAGUCUCAGUUUCGACAAUCAAUCCUCAGCUUCCGGCGGUGCGUUCGGCUUCAAUAGCAACCUCGGCGGAACUGGACUCGGAACCGGAGUAUCGCUAUUCAGCGGCUUUGGAAGCUCGAGUGAUGACGAGGACGAGGACAUGGAAGAUCGACAGGAUAAUCAUGAAUCCCAGUCAAUUGGGGCAGGUCUUGUAAGUCCAAAAUUUAGUGACGAUGUUUCCUACCACUUUUUUUUCCUGUUGAUAUCAUUUUGUACCUCUCAUCUCUAUGGCGCAAGCAUAUUUGACAAUUCAGAAACCCAGCCUAUUCCAAUUCUUCCACCUCCUCCCGCUCCACUGAGCACUGGGCCAUCGCGUGCACGACGCCAGCUUGCAGCACGACUCGCUCUUCAAAAACAACAAGCUCUUGAUGCGACUUCUGGCUCUGCCGCCAACGAAAUUUCAGAGCAGGAUGGGGAAAACAGUUCGCAGAACUAUAGCUCUAUUAAUACGCUUCAUGAUUCAUCAGGGAAUCCCGGAAACUCUGAUCCGCAAUCUUCAUUUUCUGGCUUUCAGAAUGUAAGUGGGUAUUCGGACAGCUCCUCUGACGAAGAGGGUAGUCUUCCCAUGGAAAGUGUAGAAAGGAAAUUCCGCCUACCUGUGGAUGCAUUUGAUGACGAUGACGAAAUGGGUGAUAUGGUUGGGCCUUCGACCUCUUAUUCUGAUGAAGACGACGAGACUAUAAUACAGGAAGCGCUAGGUUAUUCAACUUUCUUGGGUUCCGAUCACCAUACUCUAGGGGGUUCAGGAUACCCAGAGGAUAGGGAACUCACCCCAGAUUCCGCGAGAGGGCAAGACAAUAGCGAUGGGGAGGACGAUGGUCUCGUGGAGAUAUUGGUACCUGGGAGGAAAUCGGUGACGAAAUAA